AAGUGUUUCGAAAUCGAUCUAGUUUGUGCGACGUGGCGAGGCAGGAAAACCAAAAUUCCCCUAAAGUUCUCAUUAUUUUCUGGCUAUGAGGUGGAACCAUGAGGUGGAGCUUCCUCAUAGUAGUGGUAGUAAGUGGUAGCUUGGUACUCGGGCAGGAUGCAGGAGGCAGCAUCGAAAAGGAGGCGGAAAAGAGCCCAAAAGACGAGGCUCAGGAGGCGGGUCCCAAGGCUCAGGUGAACCAGCCUUCGUCGAGGAAUUCGUCGGAUUUCCAGACUGGUGAUGGAAGAAACAAGAGCAGCAUCUCAGCUGAUGCUGCUGCAGUUACAACAACGGAAGCUCCUCAUUUGGGCCUCCACGUAGGGAACAGCAGUAUUGACAAUGUGUGCAACAUAACAGUGGAAGAUUACAGCAAAUUGACAACAUUCUAUCCCCAGCACUGCAGCAAGGAUGCAGAGCCAGAAGCACCAGAGGCUGAUGGGGGGACUGUGGACACAGAUUCCUCAAAUGAAACAGUCUCCUGCCAGUCCAGUGUUGAUCUGCCUGCUGUUGGGGCUGCUGAGCAAGAACAUUUGUCAUCGCUCUCAAUUUUCCUCAUCUUGUGUGUCUUGGCCAUGUGUGUCAUCCUGAUCUUCUUCCUCUUGAAAACCAAGUUGAAUUACUUACCUGAAAGUGUGGCUUGUGUCAUAGUAGGGGCAGUAAUUGGUUUGGUGCUGAAGAUCAUGUAUAGCCAAAACAUCGCUAACUGGCAGAAAGAGGAAGCAUUUUCACCCACAGUUUUCUUCUUGGUCAUCCUGCCUCCCAUCAUCUUUGAGUCUGGGUACAAUCUCCACAAGGGCAACUUCUUCCAGAAUAUUGGUUCCAUUGUUGUGUUUGCAGUUGUAGGAACACUCAUAUCUGCACUAGUGGUGGGAGGAGGAGUGUACUUACUGGGUCAAGCUGAUGUUGUAUAUAAACUGACUUUUGUGGAAAGUUUUGCAUUUGGCUCUCUCAUAUCAGCUGUUGAUCCUGUGGCAACUCUAGCCAUCUUCCAUGCUCUUAAUGUGGACCAAGUGUUAUACAUGUUGGUGUUUGGAGAGAGUAUUUUAAAUGAUGCAGUUUCAAUUGUACUUACUAGCACUAUCCUGGAGAUGGCUUCACCUGCUAUGGCAUCUAUGGGUUCUGGGGAAGCUCUCCUCUACACAGUAUGGCGCUUCUGUGUCAUGUUCUUUGCCUCGGCUGGUAUUGGUGUGGCUUUUGCUCUCCUCAGCGCUCUCACCCUGAAAUAUGUUCCUGUUCGGGAAUAUACGUCCCUAGAAUUGUCGAUGAUCAUAAUAUUCAUAUAUGCUCCCUACACAUUGGCUGAGGGUAUUCACUUAUCAGGUAUAAUGGCAAUUCUCUUCAAUGGGAUUGUUAUGUCCCACUACACCCACUUCAACAUGUCACCAGUCAUGCAGAUCACAAUGCAGCAUCUCAUGAGAACACUGGCUCUCAUUGCUGAGUGUACAGUGUUCAUUUACCUGGGUUUAGCACUCUUCAGCUUCAGGCAUCAGUUUCAUAUUGCACUUGUUCUGUGGAGCAUCGUGCUGUGCCUGCUUGGUCGUGCUCUAAACAUCUUCCCUUUGUCAUGGCUGGUAAACAAGUUUCGAGAUCAUCAAAUCAACUAUAAAAUGAUGUUUAUUAUGUGGUUUAGUGGCUUACGUGGAGCCAUUGCUUAUGCCUUGGCACUCCAUCUGGAAUUUAGUGAUGAAAAGCGACAUGUAAUUGUAACAACAACUCUCAUCAUUGUACUCUUUACCAUUUUCUGCCUUGGGGGUGCAACAAUGCCUGUUAUUAAGUACCUCAAGGCAGACAAGAGGCAGAAGAACAAAAGACAGAAAGAACGUGACAAGGAGCUCACAAUGAGCAAGACAAGAGAAUGGGGGCAAGCUGUUGAUUCAGAGCACUUGUCAGAGUUCACAGAGGAAGAGAGUGAUACCCCUGUGGGAACUCAGGUGAGAGGAUUCCUUCGUCUGGACCUGCUGUAUCUCCGUCCAUUCCUUAUAAGGCGUGUAACUCACCAGGAGGUGAGAUCACAUGCUUAUGACCUAAAGAAACAGUGCUACCAGUCAAUCAAUGUCCAGCCAUCUGAUUCAGAGGAAGAGGAACUAUUUUCGGCAACUUAAGAGAGAAAAGAUACAAAUGGAAAUGUCUAGAAAAAUGUAAAAAAAUUGUAGAUCAUAAAAUGACAUUUAUAGAAAGAAGUAUAAACACUACAUACCAAUAAAGUGCCAUGUAAUACAUGGGAAGUUCUCAAGUGAAAGGACAGAGAAUAUAGGCACUGUGUAAAUAAACACUAUGUAUAGUCAUUUGUUCACUUGAUUUUGUUGCCAUUUUUAUAAUUACUAUUUUAGGAGUCUGCAGAACUAAGUCAGCCUUUGUAGACAGGCAUACUUUUGAAUUCUUUCUUUCUUUUCAAUCUUCUGUGUUAUUUUCUGGAUAUUUGCACUGCUGAUACUUGUAUGAUAGAGUGAGAUGCAACGGAAAUUAUUAUGGAAAUUGGGUGAAAGAAAAGUUCUAUUUAUUAUAAUAUCUGGUGUGUAUGGUCAUUGACAGCAGAAUAAUAAUAUUAAAAAAACAGUAUUUUACCACUGGUGCCAAUUUUAUUUGCAUGCUUCAUUAUCAAUGCUAGCCUGAACUAUGUAACAUUUAAAAAAAAAAUAUUUAUUUAUUUAUUAUUUUUUGUUUUGUUUUGUAACCAUUUGGGUCAGAUUAUUUGUGAAACAUAGUUAUGAAGUAAAUUUUAAAAACCAUUGAAUGCAUCAUUCACUAGAUAUUUAGUUUUUAGAGAUCCAUAAUAUUUUUUACUAAAGGUGAUCAAUUUUUCUUUGUGUGUUAUUUCAACAGAGUGGUCAAAGAUUUCAGAAGGUAAUUGAAUCAAACUGAUUUAGCCAAUUCUGAAUCUGAAACAGGGUAUGACUAGACACACUGCUUUUUCAGUAAUUUAAAGUAUUGUGCAUAAGAAUUAUGGUGUUUUGAAAUCUCACUGAUUUUACAUGUAUGUGCUCCUCAAAGAAUUCUCUGCAUCAAGAGAGAGAGAGUGAGAGAGAGAUUGUGAGUGACUGAGUGACUGAGAGUAAGAGUGAGAGUGUGAAUGUAAGUAUGAGUGUGUGUGUGAGAGUGAGAGUGAGUGUGUCUAUCUGUCAGUAUCUCUCUGUCUCUGUCUCUCCCAUCCCAAAGUGAAGAUUUUUAGACAUAAUUAUAGAUACUCAAGGGUAUUUCAAAAUUAAAUUGUGGAUUUUUAUUUUAUAUUUGAACUGAAUAUGGUCCUAAUCUUUCUUGCUGCUUUCCAAAUAUGGGUGGUAAGCAUUCUUUAUGUAUUUUAAACAGAAACAGAAAUAGAAAUUAUCCUUAUAUUUAUACUGUGGCUCUUAAUGCUCAAAUCAAUUUUGUAACUGAUGUAUGCAAAUUAAUGGAGUUUAAAAGAUCAUAUACCAUUGUUAUGUUUAUUAGAUUUGAGAAGUUGUAUUUAGUGUUGUGACUGCAGGACAGAAGAUUGUCUGUUUUCCAAGGUGCAAUCAAGUCUGUGAUGUAUUUUUACAAGUACUUUUUUUUUUUUUUUUACUUUUUUUUCCUUCAUAUAUAUAUUUUUUUUAAGGUAAAAGUUUCCUUAUCCUUUUUGGAAACUUGUAUAAAAGACAGCUAUGAGAAAAUCUCACAUAUGUCAGAAUAGUUGGUGAGACUAUUCAGUGGUCAGUGGAAAUGUGGAGCUUUGUAUUUUUUAUUCAGCACAGGAUGGGUGCCCACAUUUUAUGCUCAAAAAUUCCUAGGGCGUUUGGACAUCUCAUUUUUUUAAUGUGCCAUUAUUCUGUAUAUGCAUAUUGAUAUCUUAAUUAAUUUAAUCAAGAGAUUUUAGUGUUCUAUCUUAUGUUGGUUGUAAUAAAAAUAUAAACCCUUA